UGGGCCACUAGAUCUCCUCCGUGGCCACCAAAGGGCCUUGUGGGGACAUCAUGGUGGGCCACCAAAGCUUCACCUGGGCCACUAGAUCUCCUCUGUGGCCACCAAAGGGUCUCGUGGGGACAUCACGGUGGCCACCAAAGCUCCACCUGGGCCACCAAAGCUCCACCUGGGCCACUAGAUCUCCUCCGUGGCCACCAAGGGGCCUUGUGGGGACAUCAUGGUGGCCACCAAGCUUCAUUGAGGGGCAUCUGACCUUCUCGAGGGCCACCAAAGCUCCACGUGGGCAACCAAAGUUCCAUGUGGGCCACUAGAUCUCCUUCGUGGCCACCAAGGGGCCUUGUGGGGACAUCAUGGUGGCCACCAAAGCUCCACCUGGGCCACCAAAGCUCCACCUGGGCCACCAAAGCUCCACGUGGGCCACUAGAUCUCCAUGGCCACCAAGGGGCCUCAUGGGGACGUCACGGUGGCCACCAAAGCUUCACCUGGGCCACUAGAUCUCCUCUGUGGCCACCAAAGGGCCUCGUGGGGACGUCACGGUGGCCACCAAAGUUCCACCUGGGCCACCAAAGUUCCAUGUGGGCCACUAGAUCUCCUCCGUGGCCACCAAGGGGCCUUGUGGGGACAUCAUGGUGGCCACCAAGCUUCAUUGAGGGGCAUCUGACCUUCUUGAGGGCCACCAAAGCUCCACGUGGGCAACCAAAGUUCCAUGUGGGCCACUAGAUCUUCUCCGUGGCCACCAAGGGGCCUCGUGGGGACGUCGUGGUGGCCUCCAAAGCUUCACGUGGGCCACCAAAGCUUCACCUGGGCCACCAAAGCUCCACCUGGGCCACCAAAGUUCCACGUGGGCCACUCAAUCUCCUCCAUGGCCACCAAGGGGCCUUGUGGGGACAUCAUGGUGGCCACCAAAGCUCCACCUGGGCCACCAAAGCUCCAUGUGGACCACUAGAUCUCCUCCGUGGCCACCAAAGGGCCUCGUGGGGACAUCAUGGUGGCCACCAAACCCCCUGGUGGGCCACCAGGUCUUCUCUAUGGCCACCAAACCCCCUGGUGGGCCACCGACCCUCACGGGGACGCCACAGUGGCCACCAAACCCCCUAGUGGGCCACCAGGUCUUCUCUGUGGCCACCAAACCCCCUGGUGGGCCACCAACCUUCAUGGGGACACCAUGGUGGCCACCAAAUGUCCUGUGUGGCCACCAACCCUCACGGGGACAUCGCGGUGGCCACCAAAUGUCCUGUGUGGCCACCAGGUCUUUGUGGCCACCAAACCCCCUGGUGGGCCACCAACCCUCACGGGUGACACCGCAGUGACCACCAAAUGUCCUCUGUGGCCACCAAACCCCCUGGUGGGCCACCAACCCUCAUGGGGACACUGCAGUGGCCACCAAAUGUCCUAUGUGGCCACCAACCUUCAUGGGGACACCACAGUGGCCACCAAACCCCCUAGUGGGCCACCAGGUCUUCUCUGUGGCCACCAAAUGUCCUGUGUGGCCACCAAACCUCAUGGGGACACAACAAUGGCCACCAAAUGUCCUGUGUGGCCACCAAACCUCAUGGGGACACCACAGUGGCCACCAAACCCCUUGGUGGGCCACCAACCCUCACGGGUGACACCGCAGUGGCCACCAAAUGUCCUGUGUGGCCACCAAACCUCAUGGGUGACAACGUGGUGGCCACCAAACGUCCUGUGUGGCCACCAAACCUCAUGGGUGACAACAUGGUGGCCACCAAAUGUUCUCUGUGGCCACCAAGCCGCCCCUCUUGUCCCUGUCCCCGCAGGCGUCUGCAUGAGGCAGCACAAGCUGCUGCUCAAGGCCAUCGCUCAGGCGCAGGACCACGGGCUCCUGUGGCUCCGUGUCCCCUUCGUGCCGCCUCCGGGGGACGAUUUCCUCACCCCGCACGCCGCCAUCGGGAAAACUCCUCCGGGCCCGGAGCUGAGGGAAGGCCGCGCCUGGUACCCGUGGUACGAGUGGCAGCAGCCGCCCGCCGCCGCCAUCGCCCGCCUCAGGCGCAUCUAUAAGAAUUACCUCAAGGAGGAGGAGGAGAAGGAGGGCCCAGCUCCGGCCCUCAGCGAGGAGCGGAACGGGGGAAUCGAGGGGCAAAAAGGGGGAAUCGAAGGGUAAAAAAAAAAAAGUGGAAUAAAGCGGUUUCUGUCGCUCG